AUGAAUUCGUAUUUCGCGAACCCGUCGCUCUCCUGCCAUUUAUCUGGUGGUCAAGAAGUUUUACCCAAUAUGCCACUGAAUACGACCACUUAUGACUCAGUCAGACAUUUCUCGUCUUACGGCUCUACCGUUUCACAGAACCGGAUUUAUGCGUCCCCUUUCUAUUCAACCCAAGACAGCGUUGUGUUUGGAUCAAACCGGGGACCGUACGAGUAUGGCUCCAACAUGUUUCUUCAAGAUAAGGAUGUGCUUCCAAGUUGCAGGCAAACCAGCAUGGGACUCAGUGCUCAGAGCCAUGCGGCUCAGGACUACAACUUGGAGCAAGCCCGGGCGGGAACGCAUGAACAGAAAGGAAACAUUCAGAUCUACCCGUGGAUGCAGCGCAUGAACUCGCACAGUGGAGUUGGUUAUGGGUCAGAUAGGAGAAGAGGUCGCCAGAUUUACUCUCGAUACCAAACCCUCGAACUUGAGAAGGAAUUCCACUUCAACCGUUAUUUGACCAGGCGCAGACGGAUUGAGAUUGCCAACGCUCUCUGUUUAACAGAACGACAAAUCAAAAUCUGGUUCCAGAACCGACGCAUGAAAUGGAAGAAAGAGAGCAACCUCACCUCGACUGUAUCAGGACCAGAAUCAGCUGGUGCUUCUCAAGAGACAGAAAAAGAGACCAUCAAAGAAGAAACAAAGGAAGAUAAGAUGAAAGACUAA